CCCCGAUCCAAAAUCCCCGAUCCAAAUCCCGAACCCCGGCUUCGUCUGCAGGAAGCACCUAAUCUAAAAAAAAAAAGAGAAAAAAGGUAUCUAAAAUCAAUCUGAAUUAAGAAUUAAGAUAUCCACAUGUUGUGCUGUCUGGUUCUCAAUUGUGAUUUAUGGCCAAAAAAGUACCAUUCAAUAGUCAAACACUAAUGCAACAAAACACUCAUUAUUAGACAACUAUUGAGAAAAUGUCAAAAGAAAUUAAAGUGUUCAAUGUAUUCUCUUACUUACCACCUGACUGUCCAGAUAGACUGAAAAAGAUAAUUAAUGACUGUUUGUGUUCCAAUGAAACCCUUGACAAUCUGCUUAAGGAUUUUUCAGCUUUUAGGAGAUGUCUUGAAUGAAUCUCACUUAGUCAACAUAAUACUUGACUUAGUUCCAAUAAUCUGUUCAGAUUCAGCUAUUCAAUUAUCCGAACUAGAAUUUGCAAUCCUAAGCCUUCAGUGCUGGUUCUUCCUGCAGAAUAUUUAUAACAUGAACCUUCUCAAAACUGAUAUGAAAUGCAAAUUACUUGAAGUUAUUGCCACAGUCUUACUCACAUACCAACCAAGCCAAGAGGUGGUUGUUGAUGUUGUUCAAUUUUUGUUGAAUGUUCUGGAAAACAAAACAGAGUCUUUCUCUACUUGUUUGACCUCAAUGGACUGCCUGAUUGAAGUAGAAAUGAGCACACAUGGAAUCCUAAAAGCACAAAUAGAAAACUUUUUUGACUUCUUAAAUCAUGAGCAUUUAAGAGACAAGGCAUCAGAGAUAACUUCAUUAAUUAUCAGGAAUGCCACUAACCCUAUUCCGAACCAGUCACGGGUUCUUUGCGACCUCCUUGAACUUCUGCCUUCAUUAGGGCCAUUUACAAUGGUAACAGUGACAAAAAACAUUCUAGGUCUUUGCCGCGUGGGCUUUCAAACGGAGCUAAAGAAUUCGCUCGAUAAGUUAAUCGAGAGAUAUAAGACCACCUUUGACUUGUGCGUUCUGCAGACGAUCAUAUCUAUUCAGGAAUGUCUUGGUGGAAUUACAGAUGAAACCGCUGUUUUCCUCUAUUGCACUCAUCCUGCGAUGCCUGUUGGACGCAACUUGGUAUCUCUGGAUUGGCUAGCUUCAUCGCUUCAUCUUAAAAAAGACGGUUUUGAAAUCCGGCAAUUUGAACCCAGCGAUUUCGAUGGAGCUGAUGCUCGUCUAAAAAAACUAUUGCUUUUGAAUAAGGCUCUUUAUAACCAAUCACUAGAUCCCGCUCCCUUUUACCAACACUUUGAAAAUUUGAUUGCCUUUGCAGUGAAAAAUGGCAAUAGUCGUGCAUUCGCUGCAGUUUUUCGAGUGAUGCGUGAUAUGCUUGAAAGUAAAUUUCCCGCCAAUGCAGCCCAAAUCGUUUUGCACAGCACCGUCGCUUUAGGUGCCCGACACCCUGCUUGUUUGCCUCAUAUAAUAGACUUCCUAAAGCAUUUUGGUUCAAACCAACCUGAGCAAUUACCGGAUGCCAUCAUAUUGGGCCUUGUCGAUGCUUUCGAUGAAGUGGAGACGUCUACCGUGAUGCCCCACAUGGAACAUCUGAUCCAGUUUUUCAUGGAAGCGAGUCUUUACCGAUACGAGUUUUGCCAACCACGAAUGAUUCUUCGCAUUAUACGAAAUUGCUUGGAAGAAAAAAAAAAUUCAAAUUGUGGAAUCGCAGUGUUGGAACUAUGUCAAGCUUUGAUAAGGAAUCAAGAUUAUGAGAUUUUUCAACCAGAAUUAAAAACGGUUUUAUCCUUGGUCGAAACAUGUCAUUCAGAGUCAGAUGUAAAACAACGGGCAUGGAUGCUUCGGUCGCUUAUAACACAUGUUAACACCGAUAGCUUGAAGGACGCGUUUGAUGCCGACAUGGAUUUAUCGUCAACUGGGAAAGUAGAAAAAACCGAUUAUCCAUUGAUUUUUGUGAAAAUCCUUUUCGAUUAUAACAAGACUGGUGACACAAGAUCAGAAUCUCUUCCAGUAUACUGGUCACUAGAGCGAAAGCGAUCAUUUCGAUCCUUCUAUUUUCCUUUGGAGAUAUCUCUGAUAAAAAAUUCGAAGAACUACUAUCGGGAAUUUGUUGGAUUAAAAAUCGAUUUCGUGGUGGACCCGAAGUGGGGUCGUGCCGAACCUAUUUACAUUCCAGUAUUGGAAGUCGACCAGGUGAGAAAAGCCUGCCUUCAGGUACAUCCGUUUGUAUGUUCGGCUGUAACCAUCGAAGCAAGGGUUGUGAUGAGCACUACGGAUGGCCGUAUAUUUCUUUCAAGCCUGAAGCCUGUUCAUCUCAAAUUGGAAGACUUUUUAAAUCCACUGUCUUCAAGCAAAUCGUUUGUUGAGUUAUGGGAUCGACUUGUUAGCCAAAGUGAUAAAUGCUACUCUAGUGUUUUGUUUCUACCUCAACAUGAAAAUAUUCUUAAAGCAGUCGAGAACGGAGAAUUGGAAAGGUUCCAAAUGACAAAAAAGAAGCCGAUGGAAUUAGCUAUGGUUACUCCCGAUUCGUUUCUGGUUCUAGUUCGGAUUUUGUUGGUUAAAAAUAGCUGGAACGCUGAAAUUCUCGUCGAGGAUCCCUCGGUGUUGCCAGUUAUUCAUUCCCUGCUCACUGAGUUUUCUACAUGAGAUAUAUUUUUACAAUUAUUUCCGAAUGCUAUUAUUGGGGAAUAAGCAUGAUGUGAUCUACACUGUGAUUAAUUAAAAUACACAUUUUUCUUGUCAGCAA